AUGGCGGCGGUGGGGCCGCGGGCAGACCCCCGCGCCGGGGCCGAGGCGCUGGCACUGGCCGCAGAGCUGCAGGGCGAGACCACAUGCUCUAUAUGCCUGGAGCUCUUCCGCGAGCCAGUGUCCGUCGAGUGCGGUCACAGUUUCUGCCGCUCCUGUAUCGCGCGCUGCUGGGAGCGCCCCGGCGUGGGAGGCCCAGCGCCGUGCCGCGCGCUGCCCGGCCCGCUGCCCUGCCCACAGUGCCGAGAGCCCGUGCGUCCCGGCCAGUUGCGGCCCAACCGGCAGCUGGCCUCGGUGGCCACGCUGCUGCGGCGCUUCGGUCUACCUGCGGCCGCGCCAGGGGAGCGCCAGCCCAUGGAGGUGGCGCUGGCUGGGUGCGUCCAGCAUGGCGAACCGCUCAAGCUCUACUGCCAAGACGACGGACGCGCCAUUUGCGUGGUGUGCGACCGCGCCCGCGAACAUCGCGCGCACGCAGUGUUGCCGCUUGACGAGGCUGUGCAGGAAGCUAAGGAGCUCCUGGAGUCCAGGCUGAAGGUCCUGAAGAAGGAUCUGGAGGACUAUGAGGUGUUUCGUUCCACUGAAGAGAAGGAGAGCAAGGAGCUCCUGAAGCAGAUGGCAGCUGAGCGAGAGAAGGUGGGUGCAGAGUUCCAGGCACUGCGGGCCUUCCUGGUGGAGCAGGAGGGCCGGCUCUUGGGCCGUCUGGAGGAGCUGUCCCGGGAGGUGACACAGAAGCAGAAUGAGAACAUAGCUCAGCUUGGGGGUGAGAUCACCCAGCUCUCCAAGCUUAGCAGGCAGAUCCAGGAGACAACUCGAAAGCCUGACCUUGACUUUCUCCAGGAAUUCAAAAACACCCUAAGCAGAUGCAGCAAUGUGCCUGGCCCCAAGCCAACCACAGUCUCUUCUGAGAUGAAGAAUAAAGUCUGGAAUGUUUCCCUCAAGACCUUUGUCUUAAAGGGGCUGCUCAAGAAGUUCAAAGAGGAUCUUCGGGGAGAGCUCGAGAAAGAGGAGAAAGUGGAGCUGACCCUGGACCCGGACACCGCCAACCCCCGCCUCAUCCUCUCCCUGGAUCUGAAGAGCGUGCGCCUUGGACAGCGGGCCCAGGACUUGCCCUGCAACCCACGCCGCUUUGAUACCAACACGCGGGUCCUGGCGUCCAGCGGCUUCUCCUCGGGGCGGCACCACUGGGAGGUGGAAGUGGGCUCCAAGGACGGCUGGGCCUUUGGCGUGGCGCGCGAGAGCGUGCGCCGCAAGGGCCUCACGCCCUUCACCCCUGAGGAGGGCGUCUGGGCGCUGCAGCUCAACAGCGGCAAGUACUGGGCGGUGACUAGCCCCGAACGGACGCCCCUCAGCUGUGGCCACCUGUCCCGCGUGCGGGUGGCCCUGGAUCUGGAGGUGGGCGCCGUGUCCUUCUACGCCGUGGAGGACAUGCGCCACCUCUACACCUUCCGCGUCAAUUUCCACGAGCGCGUGUUCCCGCUUUUCUCCGUCUGCUCCACCGGCACCUACUUACGAAUCUGGCCUUGAAAGGCCUCCGUGGCCUCUCAGAGAGGCUGUCAGCUCUGCCUUCAGACACCUGGAUCCAGCUGACCUGAGGUCUCUACUCAGGAAGGAGCGCUGUACUCCCAGCUCAGAGAACAGCCUGGACCAGAACUGGAAGGAGAUUCUUGACCUGUACAUGAGCAGAAAGCCCAAGGGCAUGGCUACUUUCCAGUACCCCUCAACCUGAUGAUACAGAGUGAUAUGUACUUUCUCGGCCACAGUGACAGCCAUGUGUGCUCACAGAUGCCUAAACCCCUUCCAAAUGCCAAAGCAUAGUCUCCCUUGAGUAAGGAGACCAAAGGUUAUGGAAUUUUCAAACACAAAACAGCACUUAUAAUUUUAUGGAUGUAACUAAUAUCAGCAUGGGACAGCACAUGGGAUGCCUCUGACAUACCCUUUCUGGAACUUGCCAAGUGUACGCCAACAGCAGCC